AUGAACAAACAAUGCCUCUACGACUUAUGCCUUAAAGUCUCAGAUCUGAUUCUAACUACAGGUUGCUGGAAGAGUGGUUUGCUGCGUGAGCUGUUUCCUCCUGCAGAUGUUGUGCGUAGAGAGAGUAUGGAAAUUGGGAAUAUUCCUGAUAAGAACAUUUGGUCUUACACCAAGCAUGGAGCGUACACUGUCAAAAGCGGAUAUUGGUUUGUGGCUAAUCAUAUUGGUUUGUGGCUCCUGAUAUUGCCAAGAGUGUGGCAAAUUUCAAUCUUACCUUCAGCUAGGUGGUCCUUCAUGGCUUCAUGA